AUGGGAGCUCCUAAGCAUCCUUCCUACUCAUUCAGCCUGGAUUCCAAGACGUUGUUCACUUCAGAGGGAGAUGAGGAAAAUCACGAUUUGAGCGGAGAAAGGCUGUGGAAGGAUACUAGGUUCAUCAACUACGUGAAAACACUGUCAAAGUUAAUCAACAUACCAAAAAUAAAGAUACACCAGCUGUCGAAAAACCUAAACCCAGUGGAGCUGCAGCUGCAAACAGUGUUGGAGAUACUGUACUACCAAAAGGCACAUUACACAGACCCGCUGAAGUACAGCAAGUCGAUCGCAACGAAGAGGUACUACAUUAAGGCACUCGGGCCGGACCUGUCGAUAGAAAUGGACAAGCUGAUAGACGAGUCGAACACAUGUUUCGAACACGGGAAGGUGCCGGAGCACUGGAUGUCAAUACUGCCAGCAAGCUCGAUAGAAAGGAGGCACAACCUGGAGAUGAAUUUCAGGAACCUGGUGACGAGAUCGUUCAAAAUGCUGUAUUCGCACUGGAAGAACAUGGGCUUGAUAUCGGAGUCGGGAGACAUUUUGAAUGAAAUAAGGCCAAAAUACAACACCAUCGCAAAGAACAGCUUGGGGAAAAACAUAGGAGCGAAGAGCGCGCCGUAUUUAUUGUUUGGAGAGAGCAGUCUCUGGAGCAGACUGAAGCGCAAACUCGCAAAUGAGCACGACGCCUUUCUAAUAAGCAGAGAUUCGGACGAAAUAUCGUACGUCCCGAACAACAUACCGUCGAUAAAGUUUUUGUACAAGGUUAAAAGCACACUAAACAAAUACGGAGUAGCAGUGGUGAGGAACGUGUUCAACAAGGAACAAAUAAGGGAAAUAAAGAACAAGCUACACCUUAAGUCAACACAGGCCAGAGACAACGUGUUUAAAAUAAUUGAAAUGGACCCGAACGUAUCAACGUUUAAGUUUACGAGAGCAGGGAGAAUCAACUGCGUGUUGAGAGGAACGAGUUUUAACGAGGCGCUGUCGCCAUUGCAGUCGUUCUGGAUGCCCUUCGUGUACUAUUUUAUGAAGAAUGACAGGUACUCAAUGGAGCUGAAUAAGGUUGCGUGUAGGAGAAUAUUCCUCUCAAAUGUGCAACUAAUAUCAUCAGAUGCAAUGAGUUUUGUGGAACCUUGGCACAGAGAAAACAAAAACGCGGGAAUCACAGUGGUAAUACCGCUGCAGGACACACAUAAAAGCAACGGCAGGCUACAGUUCAUACCGGGAACACACGUAAGACAAGCUAAAGACCAACACGUUUAUUGUGUAGGACCAGUGGGAGUGGACUUGAAGGAAGGAGACGUGCUGAUAUACAACUCGAGUAUUCUCCACAGAAACACAAUAAACGAAAGCAAUGUGUGUCAGUCGAUGGUAGUAUUCAGCUACGAUCACGUGGAUACGCCUCCACCGGGCCAAGGGCUUCUGAAGUACAUAGUGGAUAACUAUCACGGGAAUAUGAUCGUAAACCUAAACAAACUGUUGUUCUGA